UCAAUGUUCCCAGGGUGAAAUAUUUAUUUCCAUUCCACCAUUGGUCAUUUAUUCGCCAUCAAUCACCCAGAAAUAUUCACACAACGAUUCAAAAAAUAAGUAUCCACAUACAUAGUUAUCCAACUUUGUCCUCCUGACGAUAUUCAAAUUAAUUUCUUCUCCUCUUAACAUUGAGCCAUGGAUACAAGAUCGACUCUAAAAUCUCAGUCCGUCUUGGAAAAUCCGAUCAUUCUCUCCAACAUUUUUGCCCAUUUGGACACCCACUGUGCCAAAUUGUUCCGCCAAGUCUCCAAUAUUUGGAACACCAUCGGAGCUACAGUGCUCGGAGCGAGGAUCAUCCUCCAAAUGAAGCAAGGGUCCCACCUCCACAAGUUCACCACACUGGAAGAAAUUCAAAAAAUCAACCCUGCCGUUCUAAGACGAAUCUCAGUAAAAGGCACAAGUGACUUUAACCCGUUCGAACUUCCCACGUCGUCCUGGUGGUGCCAAAUCAGGGAAAUUUACCUCGUAAUGGUUCCCGAAAUUUGGCCAGCACUCGUAGAAACCCUGGUGGCUCACGGGCUCCCAAAUUUGGUCAGGUUGGCCCUAACAAAAUCACGUCAUGACCCAGCUAUCCCCAAUUUUAGACCAGUGCUCCUCAGAAAUCUGAAAGUAUUUGAGUUCUACCAGAAUGGCUAUGAAAUGCAUAAAGUGGACACCAAUCUGCAAACCAUCAUCGAUUCAGCGCCAAACCUAACUGUUUUGAAAAUUCAUGCAGCCUUCUCCACCAGAUUUGGGAAAAUGUGCGAAAACGCUUAAAACUUUGGAGUGGAUGGCCGUGGGGGAUACUACCUUUAGGUG